GGGUCUUUUAAUCGGCAACGAGCCGGUUGGAACGCACACUGUAUGACUGUCGUUCCAACUCGGAAACUCGGUAUACAGAAUAAAGAGCUAAUACAUUCACAAUAAGAGCAUAAUAGCAAUCUCAGGGGUAUAAAUUUACAAUAGAAACAUACUAGCUGAUCAAAAGGAAUUUUCUUACUCCCACCCGUUAAUAAAGUGACAAGGUGUAAAUUGAGGUGUAAUGUAUAUCCCAGCUGUUAAACUCUUGCUUAGUGUGAUUCACAUGUUUAUUUUAUAAUUUUGAUUGUUUAAAGUACAUUAUAUUAUUUUUUAAAAUUGAGUAUGUAUCAGGGUCAGUUAUGCUGAAUGUUCACACAUCUGACAAAUACAAGUUAACCUUUAUAAAUAAUAAAAGAAAGGUACCUCCAUCGUAGAAUAUUAGUUUUAUUUUUUGAUAAAUGGAUUUUUUUUUUUUUUAUAUAUUAAAAGAAGUUUAAGUUUCAAAUCGGAUUUUAAUAGUUUUAAUAUUUGUAAGUGGGACUUUUCUUAUGCUGUUCACUAUCUUAGAAUAACUUUUGUGUUAUGUUAUUGUAAGACAUCUCUGUGAUCAUUUUAGAACAAAGCCUCUACAUGUAAGGUCAGUGGACAUAAUAAGUAAUUAAACUCUUGUUUAACAGAAAAAAAUAGAAAAAAAAAUAGAAAAAAAAUAGACCAGAAAAUACAAUAAUUAAGAAGUUGUUUCAAAGAAAAAAAUAGAAAAAAAUAAAGAAAAAAUACCAAAAAAAUAGAAAAAAAAUAAAGAAAAAUUAAUAAUAAACUCCAUUGUUUAAAGAAAAAAAUAGAAAAAAAUAAUUGACCAGAAAAAAUGUACACACACAAUGGUUAUGGGGGUCUCUAUAAAAUUCUUGAAAAAAAAAACAUAAAAAAUUUUGCAGAAAAUUUUUAUGUUUCCGUAAACUGUCAGUCAACUCACAUUUCAUUACAAGCUCAGCUGUUAAUAAUUUACCUUCCUCUAUAUUUCCAUGUAACCACCGGUGGAAUGCUUACGCGUCAUAAAAAAAAACAAUGCACACAGAAUUACUAAUAGAUAAUUUGGAGACCACCCUAGUGUAACCCAAGCACAAAUAACGUAUGUGAACACUGGCACUUUUUGACACCCAAAUAUAACACUCACCAGGUAAAAGCUAGAUACUAGCACCUUAAAAAAAAAUAAAAAAACAUGACAGAUUUGAGGGGGAUGAUACAAUCACAGGCACCUUGACUAGAACAACAGAAUAUAGGUGGCCAAGUCAGUGUAUGUGUCUAUAAAAAAAAUUAAAACUCAAUGAUUGCCAUUAAAUGUCAAUAUCAUAUGUAUUCCCCCCCCCACGAUGGCAUUUCCGUGUUGGCCCACUGUAAUACAGGCCACACCGAAGGCCAGCCAAUAGGAUUGCAUAUUUCAGUUGAAAUUCGCCAUGUGGAAACACAUGAACCGGAAGGCGUUCCACCGCCACUGAGGAACCGGCACGGAGAAGGCGCCCCAAUUUAAUUUUUACAUCUAGAAUUUAUUUUUAGUAUUUUUACCAAUAAAAAAACACUUUACUUUUAGUAAGUGUUAGGAAACAGAAGAUCCAAGAAGGAGAGGGACAUCCUACUUGUUCCAUGAGAGCCACAUGUCUUUGUUUGGCUCUCGGUUUGUGAGUACCUGACCACUUUUACUUACAUCUUGGCCAUUAAGUUGCCGACAAUAUUACACUAUAUUGCUGUUUAUUUAUUCUUUAUUUAGAUAUUGCCAGAAGUGUGAUCCACCUACUGUAUGUAUUGCUUUUUAAUUAGAAAAGGCGUCUAAUACUUAAUUGGCAAUAAUGAACUAGCUUUGAAAAAGAAAUGUAUACAUUAUUUUUAUGUGGAUACUGACAUAAUAUCCAAGUGUAUAUAGGACAUAAAAUACACAUAUACAACAUAAAUACAGUACAAAGAUAAGACCAGAGUAUACGAGUACAGAAAUUUCCAUUAUCGAUUAGAAAUCCUUGAUCAAAAUCACAGAGUAUUAAUAUUAAGUAUCCUUAACACAUAAAGCGCUUCAAGUUCAAAGAGUUUUCAUAUAUAGAAGAAUAUUAGUCGAAAAACCAUUGAGAAAACAAAAUAAUUCCUCGAGGGGUUCCAAUGGGCCAACCUCGAGGAAUUCUUUUGUUUUCUCAAUAGUUUCUCAAUAGUUUUUCGACUAAUAUUAAAUUUACUGUGAAUAUGGAUUUUGAUUCAAUUCCAUCUUUGGAUAUACUUAUCUCUAAAGUUAAUGGUAGACUAGAGACAAGUAUUUAUAGAAAACCAUUGGAUAAAAAUACUGUACUGCAUUAUGGCAGUUUUCAGCCCUCUUUUACACUUAAAUCUUUACCGAGAAGUCAAUUCAUGAGGGUAAAAAGAUUGGUAUCCAUUACAGAACAAACCAAUCAACAUCUUUCAGAAAUGAGUACUAGGUUUAGUGAAAGAGGUUAUCCUUCUGAAAUGUUACAAGAUCAACUAGAGUCAUUGAAAACUGUCACAAGACAGGACCUACUGAUAGCAAGACCUAAACGAGACAUAGGUAAAAUAAUCAAAUUUUUUUCUCAAUAUAAUGUCUUAUCUACUGAUAUAAAUAAAAUAUUGAAUAAACAUUAGAAUAUAUUAUCUAGGUGUCAUCCUAACAUUGAGGAAUUUAAAAAUAAUCCUAUGCCUGUAUAUAAACGAGCUCCAUCUCUUCGAGAUACGUUAAUUAAGGCUGAAUUACCAAAACCGAUCUCACAAACUUCUAAAAAGAAUGGCAACUUUCCUUGUCUAAGUUGCGUCUCAUGCAACUCAAUGAUCAAAGGAUCAGUAUUUUGUCAUCCGUUUAGUGGAAAAAAUACCCUGUAAGACAUGUGGCAUGUCUAACUACCUUUGUGAUAUACAUUCUUAAAUGCCCUUGUGGGCUCUUAUAUGUGGGUCAAACAACUCAAAAAACGAAGGACAGAUUUUCAAAGCAUAAAUCCACCAUUAGGACGGGCCUAUUGGAGUUGCCUAUACCUUCACAUUUCAAUAUAGCUCAUCAUAACAACAGUUGGAUACUCUUUCUCUGAAUGUCGUUCUAGUCUAUUUAAGGGUACUUCUUUUUAUACACUUUCCCUUAAAAAAAUUAUUCACUCUGUGAAUUUGAUGUGCUUUAUGUGUUAAGGAUACUUUAUAUUAAUAAUCUGUAAUUUUGAUCAAGGAUCUUUAAUUGAUAAUGGAAAUAACCUACUUAAAGGCAUCUCUUUAUACACAUUUUCUUCUAUAUAUGAAAACUCUUUGAACUUGAAGCGCUUUAUGUGUUAAGGAUACUUAAUAUUAAUACUCUGUGAUUUUGAUCAAGGAUUUCUAAUCGAUAAUGGAAAUUUCUGUACUCGUAUACUCUGGUCUUAUCUUUGUACUGUAUUUAUGUUGUAUAUGUGUAUUUUAUGUUCUAUAUACAUGGAUGUUAUGUCAGUAUCCACAUAAAAAUAAUGUAUACAUUUCUUUAUCAAAGCUUGUUCAUUAUUGGCAAUUAAGUAUUAGACGCUUUUUCUAAUUAAUAUAAUUAACAAAGUAUUGUUGAUAAGUAAUAUACUACUUCCAGCUGUUAAACUACUUGCUUAGGAUACUGAUUCACAUGUGUAUUUUAUAAUUGUGAUUGUUUAAAGUUUGUUAUAUAUAUUGUAAAAUUGAUGUAUGUAUCAGCUAUCAGUAUAUGCUGAAUAAUAUCUACAUGUCUGACAAAUACAUAGUUAACCUAUUAUAAAUACAUAAGAAGAAAGGUAAAAGCAUGCGUAGAAUAAAAUGUUUUAUUUUUUGAUACUUGAAGAUGAAUAUGUCUUUUAUAUAUUUUAUUAUAAUUUACUUUGAUAUUAGAUACACAUUUUGUAAUAGACAGUUCCACUUCAAUAUUUGUAGCAGCAUGGAGACUCUUUCUUUAUGCUGUUCAUUCUAUCUUAGAAUAACUUUCUGUGUUGUGUUAUUGUAAGUAUGCAUCUCUGUGAUCAUUUUAGAACAAAGCCUCUACAUGUAAGGUCAGUGGACAUAAUUAAGUAAUUAAGACUCCAGUUGUUUCAACAGAAAAAAAUAGAAAAAAAUAAUAGAAAAAAAAUAGACCAGAAAAUAUUAAGUAAUUAAGACUCCAGUUGUUUCAACAGAAAAAAAUAGAAAAAAAUAAUAGAAAAAAAUAGACCAAAAAAAUAGAAAAAAAAUAGACCAGAAAAUAUUAAGUAAUUAAGACUCCAGUUGUUUCAACAGAAAAAAAUAGAAAAAAAUAAUAGAAAAAAAAUAGACCAGAAAAUAUAUGAUACACAUACACAAUGGUUAUGGUGAUGGUCUCUAUACAAUUGACCUCGAAAUAAAAAAACAUAAAAAAUAAUGGUGCAGAAAAAAUAGAUACAGUGGGUGUAUAAAUGGGUGCUUGAGUAAGUUCACACUCACAUUUCCCAGAGCUCAGCUGUUAAUUACUUCCUGUUUCCUGUAACCACCGGUGGAAUGCACGCGUCACACCGGAAGUGAAGCAGAGAUAUGAGACCAUGGUAAUAUAUGCGUUCCACAUGUGAAACGUAAACGGUGCCACAAUGGCGCCGCUGCGCUCAGGACUAGCGGAGUAACAUUAGUGGAAAGUCCAUAAACAGAGAAGAAAUAGACCGAGGUUAGCUAGAUAUAAGCUAUUAUGAGCCUCUAGCAAAAGUUGACGAUGUUCUGUUAUACUCAUGGAGGGAGUAGAUUUGGCCAUUAAUAAACAGGGCAGAAGAGCAUAAUAUAAAAAACAAACGGAAAUAAAAAUUACAUCAAAGGCUUAUAAUAGUAAACAUUAAGUAAUAAUAGAUGUGGUUUAAAUUCCAAUCAGAUGAUAAUAAUGGAUUGUAUAAAAUAUGCAUAUAUAAAGGGAAAUCCCCCCCCAAAAAAUUAUAUUAAUCAAAAAACAGAAUGUAGAGCCCUAAUGAAAAGUUAAAAUAAAAUUGGAAUUUAAAAGGCACAUAUGAAAUGACGACAAUUAUGUGCCCAUAGUGAUACAAAGCAUGCAUUGAAAAAACGAUAUCCGUGAAAUCUAAUAUGUGCAAGUGGAGGUGUCACAAUAUAUGCUUGUAGGAGGUAAAAUAUGUACAUAAAUAACACACUAUAAGUGUGGAGCGGCAGGAGAAAUAUGUGAGCUUAAUUAAAAAUAAAUACAUCUAGAAAUAAGCAAAAAUAUGCCUAAUAAUAGAUGGAAUAUACAGAAUUAACUUGGGAAUUAAAAACAUAUUAAUAUAAAAUAACAGCAAUUAUGUCAUAAAAAAUGAAAAAGAUCAAAUUCAGUAUUUAACCAUUUAAAUACCCACUCCAUCUCUUUUUGUCUUUUUUUUUAAAUAAAAUAUCCGCCUCUCCAAUGAUUAUUUACUGUGGCAAUAUCCAUGAAAGUAAGGUGUUUGGGGUCAUUAUUAUGUUUACAGAAGUGGGAUUAUACAGAAUGGUUAAUAUAAUUGUUUUCUAUAUUUCUACAAUGUUCAGCUAUUCGUAUCCUUAUGGUGCGUCCAAUAUACUGGAGGCCAAAGGGGCACUCCAGAUGAUUUUUGGUCUUUCCGGAAUCAUAUCUUUAACAAUCGGUCUUCCUUUAGAAGGCGCCAAUGUUUAUUCAUAAUUUUUUUUUAAAUGUCUAUUCUUAUUAUAAUCUAGUAUUAUAGGCAAUGUCAGGCCCUUCUGUUGUUGUAUUUUUUUCUUUGUGUAUAAGGUCUUUUUGGUUGAUUGCGAGUGUUUGUUGUAUGGUAGAUUCUAUUAAUUUAUCUUUGUAACCUUUGUUUAAUAGGCUGUUUUUAAUUUUAUUUGCUUAUAAUUGUUGACAUGUAUGUCUUUUGAAGUGAGUUUUAGUAUUAAUAGUAUUAUCUUUAAUAUAAAUAUUGAGAUCUCAGUAUGUGAUUUCACUGUUACUGAUCUCUGAAGUUAAAACUAUGCCUUUUUGAUUAGAAUUUAAAAACUUUAUAAAAUCUUGUGCGUCUGUAAUAGAACCUUUCCAAACAAAAAAAAGAUUGUCUAUAUCUCCCGAAAGUCCAUAAAAAUUUAUCAAAACCCCCAGGACGACCAAUCGUUUCCGGUAUUGGUUCCGCACUUUCGAAUCUAUCAGAAUAUAUAGAUAUUUUACUUCAGCCUUAUGUCACCAAAACCAAAUCCUACCUCAAAGAUAUUAUAGACCUUUUAAAAAAAUUAGAAAAUAUCACUUGGCAAGCAGACUUUCUGCUUAUCACCUGCGACGUACAAUCUUUGUACACUAUCAUUCAACAUGAUAAAGGGUGCAAAGCGGUCAAAAAUAUUUUAGAAAAAGAUGACUUCAUGAUACAGAAUCUAAUUAACUUUUUAAUUCAAGGCAUAGAACUGAUUCUAAACAACAACAAUUUUUGGUUCAAAGAUUCCUUUUAUUUAAAAAACAGAGGCACAGCCAUGGGCACCAGGUUCGCGCCUAGCUAUGCCAAUCUUUAUAUGGCUGAAUGGGAGGAGAAAUACAUCUGGAGCGGAUAUGGAUGGGCAGCGAACCUGGUGUCCUAUUCAAGAUAUAUAGACGAUCUUAUUUUUGUUUGGAAAGGUUCUAUUACAGAUGCACAAGAUUUUAUAAAGUUUUUAAAUUCUAAUCAAGAAGGCAUAGUUUUAACUUCAAAGUUCAUUAACAGUGAAAUCACAUACUUAGAUCUCAAUAUUUAUAUUAAGGAUAAUACUAUUAAUACUAAAAUCACUUCAAAGACGUACAUGUCAACAAUUAUAUAGACACAAAAAGCUGUCACAAUAAGGUUUGGCUUAAUUGUAUCCCAAAGAGCCAGAUCACCAGAUUAAGAAGAAAUUGCUCGGAUAAUACCAACUUUAUAGAACAAGCAAAUAAAAUUAAAAACAGCCUAUUAAACAAAGGUUACAAUGAUAAAUUAAUAGAAUCUACCAUACAACAAAUGCUCGCAAUCAACCAAAAAGACCUUAUACACAAAGAAAAAAUACAACAACAGAAGGGCAUGACAUUGCCUAUAACACUAGAUUAUAAUGAUAAAAAUAGACAUUUAAAAAAAAAUUAUGAAUAAACAUUGGCACCUUCUAAAGGAAGACCCGAUUCUUAAAGGACCACUAUAGUGCCAGGAAAACAUACUCGUUUUCCUGGCACUAUAGUGCCCUGAGGGUGCCCCCACCCUCGGGGACCCCCUCCCGCCGGGCUUGAUGGCGAGGAAAGGGUUAAAUCUUACCUUUUUUCCAGCGCCGGGCAGGGAGCUCUCCUCCUCCUCUCCUCCUCCUCUCCUCCUCUUUGGCUGAAUGCGCAUGCGCGGCAGGAGCUGCGCGCGCAUUCAGCCAGUCUCAUAGGAAAGCAUUCAUAAUGCUUUCCUAUGGAUGCUGGCGUCUUCUCACUGUGAUUUUCACAUGCAAACGCCUCUAGCGGCUGUCAAUGAGACAGCCACUAGAGGCUUUAGAGGCUGGAUUAACCCAUUUAUAAACAUAGCAGUUUCUCUGAAACUGCUAUGUUUAUAAAAAAAAGGGUUAAUCCUAGAGGGACCUGGCAACCAGACCACUUCAUUAAGCUGAAGUGGUCUGGGUGCCUAGAGUGGUCCUUUAAAGAUAUGAUUACGGAACUUAGCUACUGCCUCUAUUUUUGCUGGCUCUGGUUUUUGCUGCCCACUCCCUACUCGGUGCCCAAGGUACUGCACCUCUGCAAUCCCUACAUGACACUUGCUGGGUUUUAGCGUCAACCCUGCCUUUCCAAUACGGUCAAUGACUGCUCCAAUAUGUCGCAGGUGGUCGGACCAUGUCUGGCUGUAUAUGGCGAUAUCGUCCAGGUAUGCACAUGCAUACUCCUGGAAGCCGUCCAGUAGCCGAUCUACCAUCCAUUGAAAAGUGGCCGGAGCGUUUUUCAUCCCGAAUGGCAUGACUCAAAACUGGUACAGGCCAAACGGGGUGACAAACGCCGACUUGGGGAUGGCAUCUUCGGCUAAGGAAUCUGCCAGUACCCUUUGCAUACGUCUAUCAUCGUGAGGUACUGGCCUCGUGCCAUCUUGUCUAGCAGCUCAUCUAUCCGGGGCAUCGUGUAGGCAUCCGACACUGUUUUAUCAUUUAGCCUCCGAUAGUCAACACUGAAUCGUGUUGUGCCAUCCUUCUUGGGUACCAGCACUACCGGCGAUGCCCAGGGGCUAUCGGAAUGUUCAGUAACCCCUAGCUGCAACAUCUCCUCAAUUUCCUUCCGCAUAUGUUCCCUGACUUCAGGGAUACGAUAUGGGGUCUGUCGCAUAAGUAGCUGUCCUGUGUUCUCGACUCGGUGAGUGGCUAGCGGAGUGUACCCAGGUAAAUUGGAGAAAGUGGCUCCCUUAGGCACGAUUAACUCCUGUACCUGGGCACGUUCCUGGGGGCUUAGCCGCUCCCCCAGCUGAACACCUGUGGAGGGCUCUGCCUGAUCUUCUCGCUCUAAUAAAUCAGGUGGCGGAAGAUUCUCCUGAUCCUCAGAGGCUGAGGCGUAUAUCGCUGCCACAUCCUCUAUCCUCUCAUAGUAGGGUUUGAGCAUAUUCACAUGGAGCAUGCGUCUCUUCCCUGUCCCUGAGCAGGGGCCAAUAACAUAGGUGGUGUCACAUCUCUGGUCCACCACCUGGUAUGGGCCCUGCCAGACGGCCUGCAGCUUGUCAUUGCGAACAGGUUUCAAAAUCAAAACUUUUUGUCCCACUUGAAAGCUGCGGUCCCUGGCUCCCCUAUCAUACCAACGGCGCUGGCGUUGUUGGGCCGCCUGGAGGUUUACCCGUACGGUCUGGGUUAGUGCCUCCAAGCAGUCCCUGAACUCCAACACAUAGAGUACAAUGGGUAUCCCAUCGGUACUGCUCUCCCCUUCCCAAUGCUUAAAUCUAGGGGUCCUCGCACUCUUCUCCCAAACAGUAAUUCAAAGGGGGAAAACCCGGUAGACUCUUGGGGUACCUCUCUGUAUGCGAAUAGCAGAUGGGGUAGGAAUCGCUCCCAGUCCUUAUGGGCCUCUCCAAAUGUACGGAGCAUCUGCUUUAAAGCCCCAUUUAACCUUUCACAUAACCCAUUCGACUGAGAGUGGUACGCGGAAUUUACGAUAGGCUUAAUGCCACAUAUUUUCCAUAGUUGGUGUGUUACUUCGGCCGUAAAGUACCCCAAUCUGAUAUGAUCUCUUGUGGGAACCCUACCCGGAAAAAGACUUUCAUUAAGGCUUUUGUCACGGUCUCGGCUACUGCCUCGGGGUACCUGGUGGCGUAAUCUACCACGGUCAAGAUAUAUCUCUUGCCGGAGGGACUGGGUUGGGGUAAGGGUCCUACUAUGUCCACAACCACCCUACUAAACGGUUCUUCUAUGAUGGGCAGGGGGCAUAAUUUGACCUUGUGGUGGCCACCUGUCUUGCCUACUCGCUGACAGUUGUCGCACAUCUUCGGAGAUACCUGGCCAGAAGAAGGCAUGGGUCAGGCGGUAUCGGGUUCGGGUCAUACCCAGAUGCCCAGACAAGGGAAUGUCAUGAGCGAUCCUAAGGAGUUCCUGUCUAUAUUUCUGGGGUACUACUAGCUGUCUAGUAGUCACAUUUACAGAUCCCCCCACAACCCGUUCAGCAAUACGGUACAAUAACCCCUUUUUCCAAGCAUACCGCUCUCCUUCUAAUCCCGCCUGGUCUGAGGUCACCCUAUCCCUGUACACUUUCAGCGUAGGGUCUACCUUAACUGCUGCCUCAAAUUCUGUCGGGGUAUCCCAGGGAACACUGUGCUACUACCUAUGCUGCUAUUUUUGCUGAUUUUACAAGACCUCAAUGUAAGGUUUUUAUUUACUUGUAAUAAAUGUGUUUUUUAUACUCUUCUUAUUUGAUGUUUGCUUGCUCAAUAAUUUGCAUAUUCUGAGGAUCAAGCUUCAUCUCUGAGAGUAACCUCAAGAUUUGAAUUGAGACAUCUUAAAGUGACACCACUUGAACCAGCUUUUAUAUGGGAUCUGGCAAAUACUUAUGACCCUCAAAGAUCUAAAAAUAUUGGGGUAUUUAUCUCCUUUUUUUAUUAUCACAUAUUCACUGAUUGUGGUUAUAUUCCUAUAAGACUUGUGGGUCUGGUAUAUGCGCUGCACACUUUUUUUGUUUUUUGUCAUAGGGGUUACAUUGUCUCUUACCUGAGCCUCAGAGUGUGUGGAGGAAGCCGCGGUGCGAGCCUGUUGUCUUGUGGUUACCGGGUGUGCCUCUUGGAGUGGAGCUUGAGGUAUAAAAGCGGACGUCAUUCUGCCCAGGUCGUUUCCCAAUACGACAUCUGCUGGCAGUUUCUCCUGGGUUGUUGGCUCCGCUUGGUAGUGAUGUGCAGCUGCUCUUGGUGCUGGGUUUGAUCGUACUUGGCUCCAUGCUUGACGGCUCCGGUUCUGUGUACACUCUCUUGCCAUGUGGCCCCAUUGCUUGCAUGUAUGGCACUGAAUAUUAGAUUGUCCAUUAUAUCGGGAGGGUAGAGUGUGCCCCCCUGGGGUUGGCCGGAAUCAAGUUGCUGUGGGUGCGGUAAUAGUAGCUGUAGGAGGUUGGGUGGCAGGUCGAGGAUACCCUCGAUUGGGGUUACCAUGAUGCCUCCUGGCCAGUCGUGCAGCUUCUGUUAGGGUGAGGGGUUUCCUGUCUCUCACCCAUUCUUGUGCCUCUGGUGUCAGGUCAUUGUAAAAUUGUUCUAACAACAGCAAUUGUCGUAACUCCUCCAUGGUGGUAGUUUGGCUGGCUUGUAUCCACCCCCGGGAGGCUUGAUCCAGUUUGUGUGCCCAGUCUGCGUGGGAGUCUUUCUCCGGUUUGCGCAACCCUCGAAACUUUCGCCUGUAUGCCUCCGGGGUAAAGGCGUAUCACUCUAGUAUAGCCUGUUUUACCCUGGCAUAAUCUUUGCUGUCCUCUCUGGGUACGGCCCGAUAGGCUUCUGCUGGCCGACCUGACAGUUUGCCUGCCAGGAAAGGUACCCACACUGCUUGCUCCAGAUCAUGCAGGCCUCUCAAAAUCUUGUAGAUACCCAUCAAUCUCAUCUUUUUCUUCGCAAAACAUUUUAAAAGCAUGAUGUGGUUUUACCUGGCUGAUGAUCGAAGCAGCAGUAGAUUCUGCUCUGGAGGGUGAAUCUUGCGGUCUGUGUGCCAUCACAUACUCCUGCACAUCCGCCAUCAGUACUGUCAGUAUUUCCAGUGGUACUGGCUGGGGUAAGAAUUCCAUCCUGGUUCUCAUUUCUUUUUGGAAGGGAGUUUCUUCCAUGGCUGGUAGGGGUGUAAUGCUGCGAGCUCUGUCUCCCUCCAUCAGUUCGGCAAUAAGCACAGCUUUGGACUUAGUGCUGGCUAUCUUACCCCUGGUUUCCAGUAGUUCCUUUAACGUCUGCCGUUUCAAUGCAGUGUAAUCUGUCUCCAUUCACCUCUGUGUUCGGUUCUUUGUUGCAUCCGAAUUGCCAUUCACUUUCCUGUUCGGUAGUUUCAAUUACCCGAACACUGCUUUUUGGCUGUAAGGUUGGAUCCCGUCGCUUGCCACCAAUUGUAGCGGAGCUGCAAUGUUAAAUCCCACAAUCUCCGUUGGUACAGAAAGUAAUCUAAAGUAAGGUGCUGGAAAUGAAGGCAAUAUCCCAAAUCCCCCAGUAACCAGACAAAACACAGUUCUGGGAGUCAACUGAUGAUUUUAUUCACAAGCUCCAGUAUUUAUGUGAUUCCCCAUGCAAGGCUUUUCCUUAGUCACUUUACAGUGGUUAUACAGUAGAGGACUACAUGGGGAACUGAAUAUAAAGAGCAUUUCUCCCACCAUGCACUGCUGUACGAGAGGGAUACUCACACUAAAAUAUCCUAUUAAGUGGAUUAUGCCUCCGUACAGCAGAACCGGAUUUUAACACAAAAAUACAUAACUUUAGCCUUAUUCGUGGGAUUCUACUAAAUGACCGUUCAGUAGAUAGCUGGGGUCUAAGCGCACACUUUGUGAAAGUACCACUCAGAUCCCAGCAUAAAUGACCGAACGCCGCACGAAACACACUUUAUUUUACAUUCUCCUUAAAAGUACCGAAUACAUAUUAGGGAACAAAAUACCGAAGGACCGGUGCUCCUGAACGGCCUGUACUACGAAAGGAUCCAAGAUGGCCGACCGCCGCGUGGUCGGUAGCCGAACGACGGCCACCCAGGAAAGCACUUAACCGCCGAUUGCUACAAUGUUGCAAUCGGUUAAUGGGAGCCACACGACCCUCUGUGUGUGGGCUCCCAUUCGAUACUUUAUUCGUUUCACGAACAGUGUGUAAAAUCACUGUUCGUGAAACUACCAUAGGAAUGCUAGUGGCUUUCGGCCGUUUGCAUAGGAAUGCUCUCUAUUACAAGAAUACACGAAUACAUCCAUACACAGAAUUAAAGCAGCUUUUACAGACAACCUUCAGAUGUUACACAGUAGGACCUAAAGUGGCUAGGUUUGCCACAAAUCUGUAUUGAAUUUUAUUCCCACUGAAUUUAUUAAGUAUCAUAAGAGCAGGUUCAGAGUAAUUAGUAAUUACUGGCAUGAUUGUUUGUAAGGAUUAGAGUUACAUAGUAUCCAUAGGCUGCAAAGAGACGUGUCCAUCAAGUUCAGCCUUCCUCACAUUUGUUUUUCGGUAUUGAUCCAAAAGAAGGCAAAAAACCCAGUUUAAAGCACUUCCAAUUUUGCAACAAACUAGAAAUAAAAACCUACCUCUUGACCCUAGAAUGGCAGUCAGAUUUAUCCUUAGAUGAAGAAGCUAUUACCGAACAGUUAAAAAAGAAUAUAAUUGAAUAUGAUGUUUUUGCAAGUAUGCAUCUAGUUGCUAUUUUAAUAUCUGUACAGAUUCUGAUAAAACUACUUCUUCAGGCAGAGAAUUCCAAAUCCUUAUUUUUCUUAUGGUAAAAAAACACUUUCCUUUGCCUUAGACAAAACCUUCUUUCUUCCAUUCUAAACGCUUGACCUUGUGUCCAAUGUAUAGGCCUGUUUGUGAAUAGAUUUCCACGAAAUGGAGUGUAUUGUCCUCGGAUAUAUUUGUAUAAUGUUAUCAUAUCCCCUCGGAGUUUACUUUUUUCUAAACUAAAGAGGUUCACAUUUUUUAACCUUUACAUUCCUUUUAUUAAUUUUGUAGCCCACCUCUGCACUUUUUCUAGUGCCAUAAUAUCCUUCUUCAGAACAGGUGCCCAUAAUUGCACAGCAUAUUCAAGAUGUGAUCUUACCAGUGAUUUAUAAAGAGACAAAAUUAUGUUUUCAUCUUUUGAUGCCCUUUUUCAUGCAUGACAAUACCUUACUGGCCUUUGCCACUGCUGAUUUACAUUGCACAUUGUUGCACAGUUUGUUGUCUAUAACAAUUCCCAAAUCUUUCUCGUGUGUUGCUAUCCCUAAUUCGCUUUGAUUAAGUGUAUAAGUUGCUUGUAAACAAUAGGGGAUAGAUAGAGCGCUGAUUCUGGUGGGCAGCAAACACUGAAACUUGGGUACCCUAACAACCCAAAAAUACUAUAAAAGUAAAAUGAAAAUGAGAAACAGGUUGCACCAAACAGAGUGGGGGAAGUACUUGAUAAUUAGAAAAACAGAAAAAACAAGAUAGUAUAAUAUUGUAUGCAUCAAAGGAGAAAAUGAAAGAUGAUUGAAAAUACACUCACAAAAAUGGAGCUAUCUAUUAGCUCUCAGAUGUUAGUAUUUUGACAAUACAAUCCUUAUCACGGGAUAUGGAGUGGAUGAUCACUCAAGGCAUUGUAGUACUCAGAGGGUGUGCAUCUCACAUGGAAUAUAUAAAUGUGGAGACAAAAAGAACCAAUAGUACAAUACAUUAACAGGAUCUUAAAAUAUUUACUAAAAUGAAGUAAAAUACACUCACAAGUAAAGAGCUUUAAAUUCAGCUCUUAGUAUAGGCAUGAAGUGGUAUAAUCGAUGCUCACAGAUGUUUCUUGGGGUGAGUAUUAUUUAGUGGAGCACAGAUAUGCUAGUUGGAAACAGCAUGAGUGGUAGAAUCCCCACCUGGGAUAUGUAAGGACAAAUAGGAAAUAGUGCAACUGUGCCAGUUGAGGACAUCCAGAUGAUAAGUAAAAACAGGACCAAAUAAAAUACGUUUGAAUGGUAAAAUUUAAUUUUAAGUUACCAAAACAAUAUAUAUAUGUUUAUUUAUUUGUUAUUAUUUUUUUUUAAAUAAAAUAAAAAAUAAGUACUUAUUUCAGAACAGGUGCCCAAAAUUGCACAGCAUAUUUAAGAUGUGGUCUUACCAGUGAUUUAUAAAGAGGCACAAUUAUGUUUUCAUCUUGAGAAUUGAUUCCCUUUUUCAUGCAUGACAAUACUUUGCUGGCCUUAGCCACUGCUGAUUGAUAAGGCACAUUGUUGCAUAGUUUAUUGUCUAUAACAAUUCCCAAAUCCUUCUCUUGUGUUGUUAUCUCUAAUUUGCUUCCAUUUAGGGUAUAAGUUGCUUGUGCGUUCUUUGCCAAAGUGAAUAACUUUGCAUUUUUAUACAUUAAAUUUCAUUGGCAAUUUGAGAACCCAGUCCCCCAGUCUACCUAAAUCCAUCUGCAGCAAAGUAAUAUCUUGCUUACAUUGAAUUACUUACAGAGUUUUGUGUCAUCUGCAAACACUGAAACAUGACUUUCAAUAUUUUUUUCAAGAUCAUUUAUAAGCAUGUUAAAUAGUAGGGGUCCCAGAACAGAGUUGGGUUUGUAAACCCAAUUUCCAGUCUUGAUGUUAUAUUUUCCAGUUAACAUUCCAGUAAAUGUUAAAGUUUAUGACAUUACAAUUAGUAAAAGAGUAUGGUUUGUUCAAAUUGAAACAAACCACAAGAUUUCUGAAACAAUGUCCUUUGGACAGAUGACACAAAAGUGGAGAAGUUAGGUGAAAACCAAUGGUGGAGGAGUGAUGAUUUGGACAUGUUUUGUAGCCACAGAACCUGAAAACCUUGCAGUCAUUGAGUCAACCAUGAACGCAAACAUGAGGCCAUCUCACUGACAGCUGAAGCUUGGUCGAAAUUGGGUCAUGCAACAGAACAAUGAUCCCCAUGCACACAAACAAAUCUAAUACAGAAUGGCUAAAAAAAAAAAGAAGAAUUAAGGUGUGGCAAUGGCCCAGUAAAAGUUAGGACCUCAACUGCUGAGGCGAUACUGUAAGAGAGCAUAAACAAAUAACAGCAAGCCUCAAUGAAAUGAAGCAAUGUUGUAAUGAAGAGUGGGCCAAAAUUCCUCCACAGCUUUGUGAGAAACUGAUAAAGUCAUACAGAAAAUGAUUAUUUUAAGUUAUUGCUUCUAAAGGUGGUACUACAGAUUACUGAAUCAUAAGGUGUACUUAGUUUUUCACACAUAGCUUCUCCAUUUUGGCUUUAUUAUUGUUAAAUAAUCAAGAUACUGUGUAAUAUGUCAUUUGGUUUUGCUCAUCUGAGGUUCUAUUUACAUAAUUUUAAGACCUGCUAAGGAAUAGAAUAUUGUUAAUAUGUCCUGAUAUGUAAAACCAUAACAUUCAAAGAGGAUGUACUUUCUUUUUCUCAUUACUGUAAAUAUAACAAUACAAGAUAAUUAAGGGAAUAAAAGACACUAUAGUGUGGUAAACCCAGUGCAGCUUUAUACCCUUAAGUGUAAUGUCAGUUUUUACACUAACAUAUAUCAAAACAAAAACAUAUUAAAAAGGUUGAGAGAGCACACUGUGGUUAUAGUUACCCAAUACAAUUGUACAUUCAUAAAAUCUACAGGAACGAAUAUCUCCUAUAUAGUAAACAUAUGAGAACACAUUAUAGUGUAAUAUGCUAGGUGUUAACAUUUGGACACAUUCCAAAUGGGAAACUCACACUUUGCAGAGCCUACUAGAAGUCAGCUCUGAACUUAAAAGACUCACAGCAACGAUCAAGCAGCAAUUCCCAGCCGGAUCAUUUCACCUCCUUGUACUAGUGGAGCUCCUUUUGAGGAUAGUAAUUCGGAGUCACGGGACAGAUAUGAAGUAUUUAUUAAGUAAAAUACACAUAAAAUUAAAACAAAUCAAAAAGUGCGUGUGAGAUAAAAAUACAACACGUUUCAUCCUUCCAAGGUCUUCCUUAGGUGUAUAGUAUCUCCCUUCUCUAUACAUGGUUAUAUACCACUUCAAGUUAGUCACAAUGAGUGCCGCAUGUGUCUUCCUCUAUUUUACCACCUCCGUAAUGGCAUCUCUACCAGUUUUCAGUCAGUACAAAUUAGUGCCAUAUUUGUUUUCAUCUGAUUUGUUACUUCCAAUAUGCCAUCUCUUCCGUUUCCGUUUUCAAUCUACAUCACUCCCGGCCAGAUCAGCAAGUUCAACACAUCACUUACGAUUCUCUGUGGCUAUCUGUCACCAGCACUUCCCUCUUCAAAUUUUGCAUUUAGUACACAUAUCAAGAGAAGAGUGGUGGGUGGGGACCCUAAAAAAUGUUUCCCCCCAGGUGACUAGGGGUCCCCAAACCCCUAGUCACCCUCCCCCCCAAAAAAAUUAACCCCUACCUACCUCCAUCACCCUAAAAAAUUAUGAGGGGGGGGACCUUUAACUAAGUACUUGUAAAACAAAAUAAAACUUACCAUUUGAUGUUUUCUUUCUUCUAAAAUCUUCUUAUUUCAGCCCCCAAAAAGGCCAAAUAAAAAAAUCCAUAAUAAUUAAUGCACUUAAAAAAAAUAAAAAAAAAAAUAUGAACGCAAAAAAAUAUAAUCCAUCUUCACACAUGGAGGGCUCCGUGCAGACUGAGAUCUGCAGGGCGGGGGAAGGCUUAUAAAGCCUUGCCCCACCCUGCAAUUAGGCUCAGAGCACUCUGAUUGGUGGGUUUAUGCCAUCCAAUCAGAGUGCUCUGACAGGUAAAUUAAGAGACUUACAGGUAUUUACCAUUUUAUACAAGUGGGAAAGUUCUUUGGAAUUUUCCCACCCUGUGUAAUUUGACUCAUAACACUCUGAUUGGUGGGUUAAGUAACCUAUCAGAGAGUUAUGAGUCAAAUUACACGGUGUGGGAAAAUUCUAAAGUACUCUGAUUGGUGGAUUUCAAGCCAACCAAUCAGAGUGCUGUGACGGGUAAAUGUAGAGACUUACCUGUCAGUCUCUUCAUUUACCUGUCAGAGCACUCUGAUUGGAUGGCUUAAACCCACCAAUCAGAGUGCUCUGAGCCUAAUUGCAGCUCAGUCUGCACGGAGCCCUCCAUGGGUGAAGAUGGAUUUUUUUUUGCGCUCAGUUUUUUUUUUUUUUUUAAAGUGCGUCGGUUAUUAUGAAUUUUUUAUUUGGCCUUUUUUGGGGCUGAAAAAAGAAGAUAUUAGAAGAAAGAAAACAUCAAAUGGUAAGUUUUUUUUUUUUUUUACAAGUACUUAGUUAAAGGUCCCCCCCCUCAUUAUUUUUAGGAUGAGGGGGGUAGGUAGGGGUUAACUUUUUUUUUUGGGGGGGGGGGACUAGGGGUUUGGGGACCCCUAGUCACCUGGGGGGGUAACAUUUUUAUUUAGGGUCCACACCCACCACUCAAGGGUGGGAGCAGGGGGGAGGACCGACCCCCUAUUGGUAUUUAGGGCCCCCACCUGCCGCUCAGGGGUGGGGGUCAGGGGAGAGGACAUGAAGUCCCCCCUUUAUUAGUAUUUAGGGCCCCCACCACUCAGGGGUGAGGGCCAGGGGGGAGGACAUUUGUAUUUAUAGCCCCCACCCACCGCUCAGGGGUAGGAGGCCAGGGGGGAGGACAUUAGAUCCCCCUUAUUACAAUUUAGGGCCCCCACCCACUGCUAGGGGUGGUGGCCAGGGGGGAGGACAUUAGGUCCCCCCCUUAUUAGUAUUUAGGGCCCCCACCCACCACUCAGGGGUGGGGGCCAGGGAGGAGUACAUUAGGUCCCCCCUUGUUUUACUGUAGGGCCCCCACCCACCGCUCAGGGAUAGUGGCCAGAGGGGAGGACAUUAGGUACCCCCUUAUUAGUAUUUAGGGCCCCACCCACCGCUCAGUGGUGGGGGCCAUGGGGAGGACAUUAGGUGUCCCCCCUUAUUAGUAUUUAGGGCCCCCACCCACCGCUCAGGGGUGGGGGCCAGGAAGGAGGACAUUAGGUUCCCCCCUUGUUUAACUGUAGGGCCCCCACCCACCACUCAGGGGUGGGGGCCAGGGGGAGAACAUUAGGCCCCCCUUAUUCUAAUUUAGGGCCCCCAUCCACUGCUCAGGGGUGGGGUCCAAGGGGGAGGACAUUAGGUCCCCCUCCCUUAUUAGUAUUUAGGGCCCCCACCCACCGCUCAGGGGUGGGGGCCAGGGGGGAAGACAUUAGGUCCCCCCCUUAUUCUAAUUUAGGGCCCCCACCUGCUGUUUAGGGGUGUGGUCCAGGGGGGAGGACAUUAGGUCCCCCUCCCUUAUUAGUAUUUAGGGCCCCCACCCACUGCUCAGGGGUGGUGGACAGGGGGAAGACAUUAGGUUCCACCCUUAUUUUACUGUAGGGCCCCCACCUACCGGCGGGGGAAAGGGUGGGGGCCGGGAGGGGGGCAAUAGGUUCCCCCUUCAGGUUAGAAGCCCCCACUCACGCAGCACGGGUGGGGGCUCGGGAGGGCGGGACCUUCUUUUUUUUGGCUGCUCACUGUUUAAUAGACAUGCCCCUACUCGCGGUAUAGCGAUAAGGGGCUUAAUUUACUAAUACUAAGUAAUCUUUACUGAGUAUUAGUAAAUUUGGCUAAAAGACCAAUUUAGGUCUUUCAGCCUUUUAGUAGAUAGCUCCCUAAUACCGUGGGAAUUAGGGAGUUAUCUACUUAUUCAUUCUUGUCAUUACACUGACUGGCUAAGUAACUUACAUUUUAUAUGAAUGUAUGUUACUUGAUUGUUGUAAGUGUUGCAAAUGCUUACAGCUGAAUCCUGGCUAUGUUUGUAUACUUUUUAUUUAAAAUUGUAUACAGUGUAACAUUGUUCAUUCUUCCACUGGGUAAGUAUAUUAGUUCUUAGGCAAUACUGUGCUUCGGCACUUCGGAACUUCGGCAACUUUGGAACUUUGACACUUCAAAACAAAUUUGGUAAUUUUUGACCUUUCGGCAAUUCGGCAAUUCGGCAAUUCAUCUAUUCGGACAUUCGGAAGUACCCGAAUGUCCGAAUUUCCUGAAAUUCGUCUGAAUUCACAUUCGGACUGAAACGAAUUGCACAUGUCUAAAAAUAAGUCCUACUCGCGUUUAAUUAAGCUUAAAACCAGUUCUAGUAUGAAUAGUGUACAGUGGUAUAAUCCCCACUUAUAGGAUACAUGAGGGAAUAUUGAUAGGAAGAUGUUUCCUCAAUAUGAAGCCCAAUAAUGGUUAAAAGAAACAACAAUAGUGCUUACAUUAUAAAAAUCCAGGAGUAUUAAGUAAUGAUAGGUUAUUCAAAUUUGAUUGAGAAGGCAGACUGCUCAACGUGAGUGGUAUAAUCCUCACCUAGCAUUCUUUAAUGGAGUAGUCCUCUCCGUACAAUAAAAACAGAAGUCAGGUAGAAAAUAAUGAAAAAAAAAUAGUGACAGAUAAAAGAAUAAAAUGGCACACUCACAAUUGAAAGUAGCCAAAAUACCUUUAUUAAUGAGCAAUGUUAAAAUGACCAAUUAUCUACAAUGCGUUUCACCGUAAAAUGUUUUAUCAAGUGGAGAUAAAAAAGUUCAACCUGGCAGGUAGGGGUUUUUAUAAGAAGUGCAAGUGUAACAAAUUAUAAAUUUGGUGCCAGAAUUAUGUAAUUUUUGCACCAAAAUAUCUUAAUGGUCAUAUUUAAGAUAUUUAAUACAAUUUUCUAAAAAGUAUAUUGUAAGGUAGAAUAGGGUAGUGGGAACUGGUGGUAUAAUUUCGGAGUAAAAAAAAAGGCUUUGUUCAUAGAUAAAAUAUAGAUUAUUAUGGGAUAGGCAUUAUGGGAAUUGAAGUUCGCGAGCGUAAUCACGGUAUGUGAUAAAGAAGUGAGGAGAAAGCUCCUCCUAAUUAGGAUCAUCACGAAUGUAGUCACGGUAUGUGAUAAAGAAGUGAGGAGAAAGGUCCUCCUAAUUAGGAUCGUUCUGAAAAUUUAAGUCUUUUUUUAGUUUUUGAUUCUGUUGUUAUCUACAUUCACACACUGGUUUGCAAAUAUUUUUCCCAUUUUAUUUGUAUCACUCCUUUUGUCUGUAAGGCUUAGAGGGAGCCUUAACUAUUCGAGGUGUGCUGCCUAAUUAUCUAUUUAUUCUCUCUAUUGUGAUUUGGUAAACUAAGCGCUGAUCCUUCUGUUUUUUAUCUCUCCUAAGAUAUGAGAAGCCUUUAAAGCGACAUUGUCACCCCCUACCCCACAUAUAUAUAAUCUGAAUAAUCAGGGUUUAGUGAGGACAUGUCUCAAGCAUGUCUGCUCUGUCUAACAGCCAGGCCCCACACCACACACUUGUUUUGUGUGUAUACAUACUUUUUUUGUGUGUAUGAGGAUAGUAUAGAAAAAUAUAAAAAUUAGUACCCUGGAGAGAUGGCAAGAAGAGCAAGAGAGAAAAGCAAAAUUAUUCGGGAGAAGGAAAAACAAAAACUAUACAUAUCAUUGGUGUAUAUCAUAUUAAAAAAUCACAAAUAUCAAAAAGCAUAAGCAAUACAAAGCAGCUAAACAUUAAAUAAAUGACUGUGAUAUAGAACAAAUGUGUAUAUAUAGUGGCUAUUGUUGAUUAUUUAAGUGAAAAAAUAGUUGGAACUCCACUCAUUCCUCAACCAAGAUCAGACCGUUUCUUGUUGAUUAUGGAUAUCACCACUACUUCCAACCAGCUUGUAGCGGUACUUACCUGGCCUUGUGCCCGGCCUUGGCACUCCUGCCUCCAGUCGAGCCACAUGCGGCUCGAACACGCCUGACUCAUAGCGGACCAUGCGCCGAAUGGUCUGGUCAGGCACGUGGUCUGUACAGUUUUAAGAACGCUGCUCGUGUUGAAGUCGACUCCCAUUGGCCCACGUCAUUCUGGUGCCCCCAUUCAGGCGUGACAUGGACCAAUCAAAUUAAACAAUGGAUUAUUUAAACUUACUUGGCCCUAGAUACUGUGCCCUAUUGUGGUUUCUGUUCCCAUUACCCUUUAGUGCAUUCCUUGAGUUAUUGUAUUGUAUUGUAUUCUGGCUUUGUUUCCUGACUCUCAGUUUCUCUUUAACCCUUGCCUGUCUUGUUUGUUCAUCUAAAUAUUACAUUGUACCUGACUCAGGCUAGUUCUCGUUUUUGCUGCCUCUUUACUCUACCUAACAUUUAGUCCGGCCACUCUAAGGCCUGGUAGGACUUUUAUAUUUCCUUUGUCCGUUCCUUGCUAUCCUAGAUUCUGCGUGUUAGGGUUAUACUCAGACAACUAAUUUCAUUCACCCUACAUUUCCUAGAGUACACGACUUCAUAAAACAAAUCAGAGACAAUUUAAUCCUUCUCAAAACCAUACUUACGCACACCCAAAAAACCCUAAACCCAAUAUGCCAAAAUAGACAAGUGGCCCAAGCCUAUCAAAUUGGAGACAAGGUUGUACUCUCCACCAAGAAUCUAAAACUCUCCACUCAACCAAAAAAUACUCAGAUUCCUUUACUUGCCCAUUUACUAUUGGAGCACAACUAACCCCAUAAGAUACAAUUUGAGCCUAUCACUAACCUGCAAAAUUCACACCGUUUUCACACUCCUUCCACAAAACUUGUAUUCAAGGUUCCUGCCUAAACCCCCUGGUUAGACAGGGAUCUUCCUCCCUUACUUGUAGUUGACGAGGAGGAGUAUGAGGUCAAGUCCAUCCUAGAUUUAAGAAUUAAGUAAAGACGCAUUAAAUACCUAGUUAAUCUUCCCAUUGUACAGAACUUGUUGGCGCUUUGUAAAUAUUAGUUAUAAUAAUAUAAAAGGUACAAGUGUGAGGAUAAUUUGUGGACACCAAGUUGGGAUGUGCAUACCCCUGACUUGGUAGAUCUAUCCCAUUCUCCUCAUCCCAAUUAACUUGGUCUUCAGGCUUCUUGAGGAAGUCCAUGUUGUGGGUAGAUGUUUAGUACUUUAAACUGUAUGCUUUUCAAAUCCACUGUGUGCAGUAAUCUAGGUUCAGUUAUUGAGUCUUGUAAAUGACUCUUUGAUUAACUUAUCUCUUCUAGCUUCCUCUGCUCCCCACUGAACUUGAUCCUUUCAUUCCCUGUGGACCACUGCUCUCCUGAACCUUACCACCCUCAGCUUCCUCUCUUUCUUUUGACUGGACCCCCUGUUCCCGACUCGGACCACUAAAUGACUACUCUCACUUGUGAAACCUCGAACUUACUUCAGGUAAAGACCGGGCUGUCAAGACUCUCUCAGCUCACUCAGUAACUGACUUAGACUGGCCCCAGAUUUUCCUUCUCAUUACUACCACUUGACUACUCCAUGGAAACCGACAUGGGCUGGAUUAGGAGAUCUCUUAAUUUCCUCCUCACACCCACUUCAUGGAGAUCCUUCAGGAACCAGUUCCUUUGUUCAAGCAUUGCCUCAAGACCAGGCUACAUCCUGCUGCAGGUCAGGUAUUUCCAAAAAAAGGAAGGAUCUUUAGGAUUGAUGUUUUCACCUCUUUAUUAAGGGAUUAUCAACACAAUUAUAACUAAGAAGGAGUAUAAAAAGAACCUUUGCACCUGUCAUUGGGAAUGUUUUAUUUUGAAAAAAAAAACAAAAAAAGUUACUUUUUCAAGCCAGUUUUAUGAAUGGGGUUUCAAUGAUUGGUUGACCACGUCAGCUGAUCGCGCUCAUUAAAUCAGCGGCGCCACUGCCCGAUUCUUCCAUUUUAGAGAAUUUUACAGAAAUGGAAGGGCAAAGAGGCAUGGAGAUUCUUUGCUGUAACACAGACUUUGGAGUUAAACAGUUUGAGAAACCUUUAACCCCUUUAGAUGGAUCCAGUGCCAGGGGCCCCCUAGCUCUAUAACAACUUAAUUCUGUACCUUUAAGUAUUUUAUUUAACCUUUAUUACUGUGUUAAAUUUUUCUGGUUUUGGAAUGCUUAAGUAUUUUACAACAUUCAUUAUACUGUAAGUUCCUGAACCUCCUGAGUAGAAUGAAUGUCUCUCCAAGGGCCUUAUGAUUUAUGUAGCAAAGCUUUAUAAAUCAGCCCAACUUACUGUCUCAGAAGACAACCUGGGCUUUUUGAGAAGUAAGCCAUUAGUUCGAAGGUUUGUGUUAGAGAAUUUUUUUUCCAGUCAUAUCUUAUUUUCAGCAUAAAUACAUUUCCAUUCAGUCAAUGUAUUUGCUUUAAUGUAUAUAUUUAAUUGGUUUUGUAGAAACAUAAUACUAAAGAUAACAUUUAUGUCAUUAUUUUAGUCUCUAAUGGUUAGUGUGAUGCAUUAUUUUAAAAUUAUAAAAUAUAAUCUGCAGACCAUGUGCAUUUGUAUACCAUGAAUUAUCACCUACAGACCCCAGUUAAGUACAUAGGAAGGAUUUACCGAUGUGGGCUACUUGUGAGACUAUUUGGUUUAUAUACCAAGAAGAAUUGUAAUGAAUUGACAAUGGAACUACAAAAUAUCUGAGUUGAAAAUAUUUUCAAUCUUGGUAUUUCAGUCUAAUUUUUCUACUCAUUUGACAUUUCAUCUCAAUCCACAGUUAGUAACAAACCAUUUACAAGAAUACAAUGGUUUAUAUACACUGAGCCUUAAAUCUAACUGUUAAAAUAUAUGUUGCUUACCAAUCUUAAGAUUUUUAGUUUACUGACAUUGAACUCCCAUGCAAGCAGUAGGAGUACACAUUCACUGUGUGCAUAAAUGUCCAAAUUCACUAUAAAAUGUUCCACUCAUUUUCUUCUGAUGAUAGUUCUAUGAGUGCUAAACCGCAAUAGUUAAAACAAACAUGCUAAGACAGGUAGUUAAAAAACAAUUAAAUGACUGAUACUGUGUACUGUGAUAGAGGUCACUAUCUGCCCAAUAAUCCCACAACACAUAUGCAACAAAAAUGUGGAGAGGAUGGCAAACGAUGCCUUCCUACCUAAAAAAAAAUCUGUUUAAUGAUGAUAUAAUUAAGCAAGUUUUUUUUAUUUCAUGGUAUUAUAAUGUAAUUACUAGACUUGUGCACAGAAAGAAAAUUCAACUUGGUCAAACCAUUUUUCCUGAAAAUAGAGGAAUUGUUUGGGAUUAGUGAUGUCCCGAACGGUUCGCUGAACGGUUCGCCAAAUGGUUCGCCGAACGGUUCGCCGGACGGUUUGCCGCGGAUGGCGAACAUAAACAUAAACUUUGACCCUGUACCUCACAGUCAGCAGACACAUUCCAGCCAAUCAGCAGCAGACCCUCCCUCCCAGACCCUCCCACCUCCUGGUGGUUAUACUGCCUACAGGGACCCAUUAAGUCAAACCAAUGUGACGGGGAAUGUUUUUGGCAUUGUAGAAUGAGUUGUUUAUUUCUAUUUUUUAUUGGAGAAAAAAAAUAAAAGCCAAUGUCACAUUCUACCAUGUGUUUACACUAACAAUUGUUUUCACCAUAAGCAGUAUUUUAUGGGGAGAAAAAUAGCUCCCCAGAUUGUACUUCAGUCUUGUUCCUUUAAUGAAAAAAAAGAAUGGAGUGCUGUAAAUCUGAAAGUGGAGUAGGACUGAUCCUUUAAACCUGUAAGAGAAGGCCAUGUUAUAUUUUUAAUCUGUAUUUUAUUCCAACAGAUUUUUGAUUUACUUUUGAUGGAAGUGAGAAAUAUAACUUUUAUGAGUGAUUUUAUUCUUUUAGGCUUUUCAGAGGGACGUGUGAUAUUGUCAUUUUUUAUGUCUGUGAUCUACACAAUGAUUCUAAUGGGAAAUGUUGCCAUUAUAAGCAUUAUACGGAUUGAUUACAAUCUCCAGAUCCCAAUGUAUUUUUUUCUCAGUUAUCUCUCCAUCUUAGACAUUUGUUACUCUUCAGUUACUCUUCCUUCCAUGAUCUUCAACUCUGUAACAGGCAACAGGAGAAUUUCCUUCUGUCUAUGUUUUACUCAGCUGUAUUUCUUUAUCGCCUUUGGAGGAUCUGAAUGCCUAUUGCUAGCUGCUAUGGCAUAUGAUCGAUACGUGGCAAUAUGUAACCCCCUACAUUAUCCAAAUGUCAUGAACAAAAAAAUAUGCUCUUAUCUUGUUGCAGCAUCCUGGUUUGGUGGCUUCUUGAACUCUAUUCUCCACACCUACAUGACAUCUAAAUUGAACUUUUGUAAAAGCAGAACUGUGAACCAUUUCUUUUGUGAUGUUCCUCCACUUCUAAAGUCUUCUUGUACAGAUACUCAGAACAGCCAAAUAUUAUUGUAUAUUGUUAAUGUUCUACUGGGGAUAAUUCCAUUAUUGUUUGUUUCCAUUUCUUAUAUACAUAUUAUUUCUACAAUCUUAAAGAUUCCAUCUUCUACUGGAAGAUGGAAAGCCUUUUCAACAUGUUCCUCCCAUAUCAUUGUUGUUACAGUGUUUUAUAUAACAGGCAAUUUUAAUUAUAUAGGUCCUACUCCAAGAGAUAUGUUUGAUAUUCUAAGAUUGUCACCCAUGCUCUAUAGUGUUAUAACUCCCUUGUUUAAUCCUGUUAUAUACUGCUUGAGAAAUAAGGAGGUUAAAAGAGCUUUCAAAAAGCUUCUCUCUAAGAAAUGGAUUUUAAAUGUGUGAUUUAUAAUUAGUAAAUUACUUGAAUUUCCUAAUGACUAAGUUGAAAAUACAGAACAAACGGGCAGGUAAGAGAAAUAUUAAUCACUACUGUCAUAUUGCAUAGAAUUGUAUGAUGGAGGAUUGUAAAAGAAAAUAAAUAAUAAAUGCAAAACUCCUUUGUAUAUCUAGUAUAAGUUGCAAAUAUUACUAUACUCAUUAGUUGAUGGUGUACAGGAAGCUGUAUGUUCAAUGUUCAAAAUGAGUGUUUACAAGUUUUGGUUGAUAGGAGGAACUGAAAGUAUACGAUGUUUUAAUAGAGGAUAAUUGAUGAGUAAACAUGUUGUCUCCUCCAGACUUGUCAUUCAUUUUCAAAUGAACUGCAAUUCAUCUGAAUUUUGGCCCAUCGAUUUUCAUAACUCCGAUGCGCCAAAAUGAAUGUAUCAUGAACAAACAAACCAGACAUUGGACAAGCCAGAUUGUUUGAUUCGUGAGUCAGGAAUCUAUCAUUGGUGCCAAGAAAAAAGAUGAUAGAGGGUAAAAAUGACGAUUGAUGGUUAGGGGAUAGCCACUAAGUGCUAUUUUUAUUUAUAGAUCAAGUGAGAUGGAAAAAAGAGGAAGCAGCAAAAUAAUCUAUAUUUAUAUUUUACAUAUUGAAUAAAUAUAUAAUAUAGAAAUGUAGACUGCUCCUGCUUUCCCCCCUUUAUUUGUUACUUUUUCUCAUUUGAUCUGUGAACCAAAUGGCAGGAAAAUGGGCCAGAGUACUGCACAAUACAUACAUGAUAUUAUUGUCAGACAUUUUGUGCGGAUUGGUUAUAAUGUCACUGUAAGUGAAUAUGCUUCAGUUAUAUUAUAAUAGUAUGAACCAGAUAUCAGCCAUCUUGUUUUGAAACAUUUUUUUUUCUCUUCACCAAAAAGAAAGAAAGCACUCUACAAUAUUCUCUAGUCAGUUCAUAAAAGUCUGGCAUAUCUCUCUAAGAUAAGACACAGUUAGGGUCUUGUUACAAAUUUGCACAGUCUCUUACUGACACCUAAUGUGAUGUUAAGUGGGGUGAAAUUUGUCCAGAAGUAAAAAAGCAUGCAUAUGUAUCAAUAAAUAUAAUUAUAACUUGAUUAAAUAAAUAUGAGGUUUUUAUCUAACAAAUAUCUGUGUGUUCAUUUAUAUUAAAACAAAUACAUAUUAGCAGUAUAUAGCUACAUUGAAUUUAAGGUGGGCUAGUCUGAACUGAUAAUAUAUAUUAUUUCAAAUAAUAUUAGGACACAAACUAAUAUAUAUUCCCAAUUCUCGAAUACAGUCAUUGUGUUUGAAAUGGGUGAUUGCAGCUCCAAUUUUAAAAUACAAUAGUUGGGAAAUUUGCCUAUAAUUUUGCAAUAUUCAAAGCUUGUUAAUCCAAAUAUUUUUGCAAAUCUCAUCUUUUUAUCUUUUAAUUGUCUGUAGUUUAUUUAAAUGCACACAGGAAUUAUUUCAGCUAAUUAAAGGUCAUUAGUAUUUGUGAUGUAAAUUUUUUUUAUUUUUUUUAUUAGUGUAAUUAAUGCAUAGCCAGAGAAAUAGGCUGUGAUUUUAUUGUGGUUAUCAAGGUAAUGCAAAUAAUAUAGCUGACCAGUUUAGUUUAUUUUAAAUUGCUUGAUCCCUUUGUUUUGGAUGGCAGGAAAAUGGUUAAUUUAAUUCUGGUUUGUGUUGAAAUAGUGUAUAAUUCACUUAGAAAUUUUCUCUGGAUUGUUGAUUAUUGAUGUCAUAUUAUUGUCAUAUUCUACCUCAUCUACCUCAUGAUUUACUGUAUUUUAUUAUGCAUGUCUAUUAUUAUCAUGUCACAAUAAGUUAUAUUUUUAUAAAGAGAUUGUGGUAUUUGUGUAAAAUAUAAAAAGUAAAUUAAAUACUUACUUCAAAGGGAUCUAAAAUAACUUAAGUAGUAGUUAGCCAAUUAAAUUAGGGAAUUACAGUGCCAAAAUAUAGAUUUUUGAUAUUAAAAAAUAUAUAUAUAUAUAUAUUUAAAUAUUUUUUUUAAAUAUUAUUUUUAAUAUUUUAUUACCCCAUAAAUAUUCCGACAUUACAUAAUGUAUAUAUUUUGCAUUACACUAACUGGCCCAUUUUCACGCACAUCUGAUUCUGUUCCCGAACUGCAAAGUUUAAUAAGCAUCACUUAAUAUAAUAUUGUAAAAAUGUUAGCAUCUCUGUUUCUUCCCAUACAGAGUGUAUCUGUUUUUUACAGUUAUCUAAUUAAAUUCCCAAUAAUCAAUGCAUGGUCUGAUGGUACCACUCUUAUUUAUCACAAUUUAUAUUAUAUAUAUAUAUAUAUAUAUAUAUAUGUAUAUAUAUAUAUAUAUAUAUAAUACCAUGAUGUGUUUUUGCCUUCAAGCAAAUCAAUGGGACAAUCAAUGUAUGGAAGGUUUAAAGUAGAAGCUUUGGAUUCAGAAAAUACAUCAGAAAAUUCAUGAUAUUGUAAAGCUAUCUCUCAAAUUCUGAACAUGAAGAAACAAUUUUAGAAACAGGGUUGAACAGGCAAUUUUUUUGAAUAUGAUAAUACAGAUUGUGUUUCCCAAUCAGUUGAAGGGUUAUGCUAAUGUAACCUUAGUGACUCUAAACCUAUCUAGAAAAGGGAAAAAAAAUUAUAUAAAAAAACAAUCUCUUCGACAUGUUGCACACUGGGAGCACAGUAGUUUGUACGCAAAAAGUCCCAGAUUGACUAGCACUGCCAUCAAACAGAAUUAAAGCAUCUAUAAUCUUUUUAGGUUGAGUUGGAAUAGAGAAUUUUGAAACUAACAGGGUUAUUUACCAAAUUUAGAUGCCAUGGUAAAUCCAAAGUGAAUUUCAAAUUUAAGGUCAAAAUAGCAAAAAAUUUAGAAAAAUUCUCACUGUGCAUCUGACUUUCUCCACUAUAAAUUUAUGCUGAGCUCAUACAGCUUGGCUCUUUCCUCUGCAAAAGUUAAUUACUUCAAUACCCUCAUAACCACACUCUCCCGCGAACCCAAAUGACUAUUUCACACAUUUAGCUCUCUUCUUCGCCCUGCUGUUCCUCCUCCACCUACUAACUUGACCGCCUCAGACUUUGCAACUCACUUCACUGACAAGAUCUUUACAAUCAGAGAAGAGAUAUCUCAUCUUUCUUCUUCCACUUACAAUACUUCCCCUAACUUCACUCCCUCUGCUGUUCUAUGUUCAUUCGCACCCUCUACAUUGGAAGAAGUUUCUGCUCUGCUCCAGUCCUCCCGUCCCACCUCCUGCUCCCUAGAUCCAAUUCCCUCGCAUCUCAUCCGUACUCUGUCUUCUUCUCUUUCUCCACCUCUCACUAAAAUCCUCAAUCUCUCUCUCUCCUCUGGUAUAUUUCCAUUGCCCUUCAAACAUGCAACUGUAACCCCAAUUCUAAAGAAGCCCAAUCUUGACCCUAACUCCCCAUCCAACUAUCGUCCUAUCUCGCUACUGCCUUUUGCAUCCAAGAUCCUUGAAAAAAUUGUGUAUGCGAGAUUGACAGACUUCCUCGAGUCCAACUCUCUGCUAGACCCACCUCAGUCUGGUUUCCAUGCUAAGCACUCUGUGGAAACAGCACUGACCAAAGUAUCUAAUAAUGUACUCGCUGCAAAAUCUCAUGGUCACUACUCUAUCCUAAUUCUUCUUGACCUGUCUGCGGCUUUUGACACUGUUGAUCAUCAACAGCUUCUUCUCAUCCUCCGCAAUAUCAGUCUACAAGAUACUGCUCUCUCCUGGUGCUCCUCCUACCUCUCCCAGCGCUCUUUCAGUGUUUCUUUCUCUUGCUCUGCUGCUUCUCCCAACUCAUCUCUGUUGGUGUCCCCCAAGGUUCAGUCCUUGGUCCCCUACUGUUCUCCAUCUAUACUGCCUCCCUUGGUAAACUCAUUAGCUCCUUUGCCUUCCAAUAUCAUUUCUAUGCAGAUGACACGCAAAUCUACCUGUCCUCUCCUGAUCUCUCCCUGUCCCUCUUGACUAGUGUCUCUGACUGCCUCUCUGCUGUUUCUAACUGGAUGGCUGCCCACUUCCUUAAACUAAACUUGACCAAAACUGAAAUUCUGGUCUUUCCUCCCUCAAGUGUUGUUACUCCUGUGUCUGUCUCCCUCCAAGUCAACGGUGCUACCAUCAGCUCCACCACGCAGGCUCGCUGCCUAGGUGUUCUCUUUGACUCCGACCUCUCCUUCAAGCCUCAUAUUCAAUCUAUCGCCAAAUCCUGUCAUUUCCAUCUAAAAAACAUUGCGCGCAUCCGCCCCUACUUAACGCCAGAUGCAACUAAGGUGUCCAUUCUCGCCUUGACUACUGUAAUCCGCUUCUCAGUGGUCUUACGUGCUCCCGAAUAGUGCCAUUACAGUCCAUAAUGAAUGCGGCGUCAAGGCUCAUCUUCCUGUCCGCCCGCACCUCCCAUGCCUCACCCUUCUGUCAAUCCCUGCACUGGCUUCCUAUAAAAUAUAGAGCUCAAUUUAAAAUUCUGGUUCUUGCUUUCAAAUCGCUACAUAAUGCUGCUCCCACCUAUCUAUCCUCCCUUAUACACAAGUAUGUCCCGUCUAGGCCCUUACGAUCUGCUGAAGACUUACGUCUAUCUUCUGUCCGUACUCCCACCUCUGAUGCUCGCCUUCAAGAUUUCUCGAGGGCUGCACCGUUCCUGUGGAACUCACUUCCCAGUCUCCAUUCCUUCAAAAAAUCGUUAAAAAGCGUAUCAGUUAAACUGUUAAUAGCUCCUGACUGAUUCCUCUUCUGCAACCGUCAUUAGUCUAAUACUAUCCUUACCUUUUUGUGUCAUUUUACCCCACUCCCUCUAGCAUGUAAGCUCAUUGAACAGGGCCCUCAACCCCUCUGUUCCUGUGUGUCCAACUUGUCUGGUUACAACUACAUGUCUGUUCGUCCACCCAUUGUAAAGCGCUGCGAAAUUUGACAGCGCUCUAUAAAUAUCAUAAUAAUAAUAAUAAUAAUAAUAUGAGAGUCCGCAGGGGCAUGUGAUCAUGUAUAUCACGUGGUCAGUGGUACAAGUAAUAUAGUGUGAUAUUUUGAUUCUCUGACCACUAUGGGGAUGAGCAAAAGUCGUACCACUGAUCAUGUGACUACACGUCACACAUCCACUACAUUUGUAGCAGCCUUUCUUGGUGAUAAUCUCAGGUUUACGGUAGCAAAUUAUCGGAUCACUUUUCACCAGAAGGUCCUUUAAGUUUUUAUUCCUUCUGUAACUGAUAACUGGAGUAUCCAUGAAUGUAUUGGGUAAUGACUUGUCUGAUCGUAAUAUGUCCCAAUGUUUUUGAAUGGAUUGUCUUACUUUCGAUGUCCCUGUAUGAAAGGUCAUUUCUUUUGGUCCCUUCUGGGUUUUGUCAUUCAGUUUUUUUCGAUUCCAUAUUUCCAAGGCUUUGGUCUGUGCUACUUGAAGAAUGUGUGGAUGAUAACCACGUACACGAAAUCUAUCCCACAUCUGGUCAAGUUGAAUUUUACAUUUUUCUGUUUCUGUAUUGUAUCUCAAUGUUCUUAAAAAUUGAGAAAUUGGUAAUGAUUUCUUAAGUUGUUGUGGAUGAAAACUGGAGGCGGAGAGGAGAGUAUUGCGGUCAGUGUUUUUACGAUACAAAGUAAAUUCCAAAUUGUUUCCCUUCUUAUAGAUAGUAACAUCCAAAAAUUGAACUGACUUAUCAUCAAUUUAUGGCUCAAAACAACUGGUAUAGGUGAUUGAUUUAUCUCCUUAAUCAUUUGCUCCAAAUCCAUAAUAGUACCUGUCCAAAUCAUAAAAAGAUCAUCCACAAAGCAGUAAUAGUGUUGGAUGUAAUGCCCAAAUUUUGCCAAAAUAUGGGUGCGCUCAAAGGUGUACAUGAAGGCGUUGGCAUACGAUGGUGCCAUCGCCGCCCCCAUCGCAGUUCCAGACAAUUGUACGUAAAACUGAUUUUCAAAUUUAAAGUAAUUACAUGUAACUGCAAUUGUCAAAAUUUUUAACAGGUACUCAAUCGGUGGUCCUUCAUAUAUUGUUGAUUCGGCUAGGAUAUCUCUCAAAGCCUGCACACCCUCCCCAUGGGGUAUGAUGGUGUACAGGCUCUGAACAUCCAUCGUGACAAGUAGAGAUGUGGAGUCCACAUAUGGUGAUCGUUGAAUUCUGGACAUAAAAUCUUGUGUGUCACGCAAGCAUGUAGGAAGAGCCGUCCACUUGCACACCCGGUAUACAUACCUGAGACCAUUAUACCGAUCUUAUAAUUGUGUUUGUUUAUCGGUAUCCUAGCAACACCACGUCAUCACACAUGCAUCACGUGACCGCAGGUUUUCACUUCCGGUUUCACUUCCGGGUUUGCACGAAGGGAUUCAGGGGUUUCUUCACGAUUGGUGAGUACAUUUUCUUAUUCCCUAUAUAUAACUUUUAUAGCUAGGUACAUUGACCUUGAGAAAGACCCGAAUGGGUCGAAACGUCGCCUAAUUUUUGAUGCAAUACCUAUUGGAAUAAAUUACCCCCUUUUUUCACUUAUUAAGUCCGUGGAGUGCAUCUCUUUUCUUUUGUUUAUAUAUCUUUAACGCGGGAUUGCACCUAGGCUAAAUUUGAUUAUUUUACACAAAAGGGUGAGUGCCAAGAAACAGUUUUUGAAUAUAUUUUCUGGUGUUUGUUGCACCAGCUUGAGCACCCCGUCCUUGGAAUAUUCACUAAACAGUGAAUUACUCUCCUUCUCAAGAUUUUUCUUCGUAUACCAUAGAAGAUUUUUUGGCUAAAGCUGGGGCACUUUCAGAGUCAGCUGAAACACUUUCUAUAUCUGAGGAGGAGCAAGCUAACACUAUUUUAUGGUCACAAACUUCUAAAGAUCUCUUACAUACUAACACCGUCCAAGAUUUAUAUAAUGAUUUGUUGAAAUUAAAAAAAUGGGAAACAGAUCUGGACCUUCAUGGUGUGUUUAUCUCAGAUUAUCACAGAGCAAAAAGGAUACCAAGAGGAUUCAGGGUCAGAAAUGCACUUACAAUCGGAAGACAAAAUUCGGAAUUCUGCAAAAACUGGAUGCAGAUAUCCAAUAAAUGUUCCUUAGACUGGAUGGUAAUUGUGGUGGAGAAGGUAGGCAAAGAGUUAAUUUUUGUAAAGCAAUCAAUUCAAAGCUGGGAAACCACAAAUAAUAUAACAUUACAAGCAUCAUCUGCUACCACCCAGAUGCUCAAAUUCCAGGAUGAAAUAAAUAAAUAUAAAAACGAUUUAAUUCAUUUCAAGAAACAAAAAUUGGAGAAAGUUAAUAAUGAUUAUAAAUAUCACCAGGUCUAUAGAUGGCUAGGAGGUGCUCAAGAAAACUAUGGAUCUAAGAUCAGAUUCAGGACUAAAAUACACAAGCCUUCAUUUAACACCAUUGAUGCCAGUUCAGGUGACUCCACUUCAGACCCAGACUCCAGAGAAGACUAAAAAAGACAGACCCAGAAUCCUUUUUUAGAAAGAGGUUCAGACGAACCUCCAGACACAAUAUGUAUCAAUACCAGAGGCGCAAAAAGAGCUGACCAAUACGGCGAGGGAAAAGAAAUUGGAAAAAAUACAAACCUCACGGGCAAACCACCCAGGAUGAGGAGAUAACGGUAUUCAAUUUAUCCAAUAAAGCACUUAAUUCUGAUCAUUAUUCACUAUUAAACAAAGGUCUAUCUUUUGUUCCAGUUGCAAAACCUGACUUGUUUAAGAUGGAAGUUGAGUUAUAUAAGAUUCAAAGAACACUGUACAGCAAUACAAUCAAGACACAUUUAAAGGACCACUCUAGGCACCCAGACCACUUCAGCUUAAUGAAGUGGUCUGGGUGCCAGGUCCAGCUAGGAUUAACCCAUUCUUUUAUAAACAUAGCAGUUUCAGAGAAACUGCUAUGUUUAUGAAUGGGUUAAGCCUUCCCCCAAAGCCUCUAGCGGCUGUCUCAUUGACAGCCGCUAGAGGCGCUUGCGUGCUUCUCACUGUGAUUUUCACAGUGAGAGCAUGCCAGCGUCCAUAGGAAAGCAUUGUGAAUGCUUUCCUAUGCUACCAGCUGAAUGCGCGCGCAGCUCUUGCCGCGCAUGCGCAUUCUGCCGACAGGGGAGGAACGGAGGAGGAUCGGAGGAGGAGAGCUCCUUGCCCAGCGCUGGAAAAAGGUAAGUAGUUUUUACCCCUUCCAGAGCCGGGCAGGAGGGGGACCCUGAGGGUGGGGGCACCCUUAGGGCACUAGAGUGCCAGGAAAACGAGUAUGUUUUCCUGGCACUAUAGUGGUCCUUUAACACAAAAAUCUACUCACUUUUUUCCACCUAAAAAUAAAAAGGAUAUUCAGACUGCUUAUUCUUCUAUUAAAGCGUUUAUCAAACUGUCAAAACUGACACUGAAAAAAAUUUGAAAAACCCACCUCCAUCUCAUCAGAAUUUAACUCCGGGAGAAAAACUGGCCUUGAAAGACCUUAGUCAAGAUCCUAACAUUGUAAUUCGUAGGCCGACAAAGGUGGGGCCACGGUGAUACAAUCAUAUGAUCAAUAUUGGAAAGAAAUAUUAAGACAACUUAGUGAUACUUUGGAAAUGCAAAAAGUACUCUUGACCCGACGGCAAAAUUCCAGAAAAGAAUUGGGGCUACAACUGGAAUAUCUGGAUACUCAUACAGCUCAAUACCUCACAGUAGAGCACCCUAGGCACCCGGUGCUCUACAUGUUGUUGAAGAUUCACAAAGAUUCAUUACAACCACCAGGGAGACCCAUAGUUUCGGCUAGGUAUGGCAUAAACAAACCUGUUGCCAAAUACAUCAAUACUUUUAUUAAGGACAGCGUUAUGGCUCUUCCUACAUGCUUGCGUGACACACAAGAUUUUAUGUCCAGAAUUCAACGAUCACCAUAUGUGGACUCCACAUCUCUACUUGUCACGAUGGAUGUUCAGAGCCUGUACACCAUCAUACCCCACGGGGAGGGUGUGCAGGCUUUGAGAGAUAUCCUAGCCGAAUCAACAAUAUAUGAAGGACCACCGAUUGAGUACCUGUUAAAAUUUUUGACAAUUGCAGUUACAUGUAAUUACUUUAAAUUUGAAAAUCAGUUUUACGUACAAUUGUCUGGAACUGCGAUGGGGCGGCGAUGGCACCAUCGUAUGCCAACGCCUUCAUGUACACCUUUGAGCGCACCCAUAUUUUGGCAAAAUUUGGGCAUUACAUCCAACACUAUUACCGCUUUGUGGAUGAUCUUUUUAUGAUUUGGACAGGCACAAAUGAUUAAGGAGAUAAAUCAAUCACCUAUACCAGUUGUUUUGAGCCAUCAAAUUGAUGAAAAGUCAAUUAAAUUUUUGGAUGUUACCAUUUAUAAGAAGGGAAACAAUUUGGAAUUUACUUUGUAUCGUAAAAACACUGACCUCCUCUCCGCCUCCAGUUUUCAUCCACAACAACUUAAGAAAUCAUUACCAAUUUCUCAAUACAAUGCAGAAAAAGAAAAAAGGAAAAUUCAACUUGACGAGAUGUGGGAUAGAUUUUGUGUACGUGGUUAUCAUCCAAAACCGAAAAGGCACCAAAAGAACCCAGAAUUUACCUUCCCAUGACCUUUUAUACAAGGACAUUGAAAGUAAGACAAUCCAUUCAAAAACAUUGGGACAUAUUACGAUCAGACAAGUCAUUACCCAAUACAUUCAUGAAUAAUCCAGUUAUCAGUUACAGAAGGAAUAAAGUCAAUUUUUAAGAACAUUGAGAUACAAUACAGAAACAGAAAAAUGUAAAAUUCAACUUGACCAGAUGUGGGAUAGAUUUCGUGUACGUGGUUAUCAUCCACACAUUCUUCAAGUAGCACAGACCAAAGCCUUGGAAAUAUGGAAUCGAAAAAAACUGAAUGACAAAACCCAGAAGGGACCAAAAGAAAUGACCUUUCAUACAGGGACAUCGAAAGUAAGACAAUCCAUUCAAAAACAUUGGGACAUAUUACGAUCAGACAAGUCAUUACCCAAUACAUUCAUGGAUACUCCAGUUAUCAGUUACAGAAGGAAUAAAAACUUAAAGGACCUUCUGGUGAAAAGUGAUCCGAUAAUUUGCUACCGUAAACCUGAGAUUAUCACCAAGAAAGGCUGCUACAAAUGUAGUGGAUGUGUGACGUGUAGUCACACGAUCAGUGGUACGACUUUUGCUCAUCCCCAUAGUG